UAAAAUUUUAAAUAUAAAACUAGUUUUAUUAUUUUAAAUUUUUAAAUAUAAUAAAAAGCUAUUCAAAGGAUUUAAUGUUUUUAACUAUAUUAAUAAUUAAUUUUAAUUUUAAAUAUUAAUAUUAUAAUAAAAUCAUUUUUAAAAUUGGAAAAUAAAUCAAUUAAAAAUAAUAUUGAAAAAUAAAUAAAUUAAUUUACACUAAAUGUUGUUCUAGUUCUAAUAAUUGAAAUAAACAUUUACAAUGAAAUCUGAAUCAAAAGAAAGUCUUGUUGAAAAAGAAAAAGAACGAAGUAGAAAACAGGAAGAAGAUGAAGAAGCUGCAAUAGAAAAUUUAAAUAUACAUGCACAGGAUGAAUACAUUUUAUCAGAAGUAGAAAAAGCUUUCAUUUUAGCAGCUGAAAAAGGCGACUGUGCCAGAGUUAAAAAAAUAAUUGAUGAAUUUAAAGACAAACCAACUGAAUUUAAUAUUAAUUGUGUUGAUCCACUUAACCGAUCAGCUUUAAUAUCAGCUAUCGAAAAUGAAAAUGAAGAUUUAAUAACAUUAUUAUUGGAAGAGGGGAUUAAUGUUGGAGAUGCUUUACUACACGCGAUUUCUGAAGAAUAUGUUGAAGCUGUAGAAGAACUUUUACAAUGGGAAGAGAAAACUCACGAAGAAGGAAAACCAUACAGUUGGGAAGCAGUUGAUCGUUCAAAAUCAAAUUUUACACCAGAUAUAACACCAUUAAUAUUAGCUGCACAUCGUAACAAUUAUGAAAUAUUAAAAAUUCUUCUAGAUCGAGGAGCUUCGGUUCCAAUGCCUCAUGAUAUCAAAUGUGGAUGUGAUACUUGCAUAGCAUCAUCACAAUCAGAUUCAUUACGUUAUUCACAAUCAAGAAUAAACGCAUAUAAAGCAUUAUCAGCUAGCUCCUUAAUAGCUCUCAGUUCAAAGGAUCCAGUAUUAACAGCUUUUGAACUUUCAUGUGAACUAAAACACUUACAAACUGUUGAAUCGGAAUUUCGUGCCGAAUAUGCUGAAAUGCGUGCAGACGUUCAGGAAUUUGUGACAUCUUUACUUGAUCAUGCAAGAACUUCAUCUGAAUUAGAAGUUAUGUUAAAUUUUAAUCAUGAAGCUAGUACAGAUGUUUGGAUGCCCGGGCAACGACAAACAUUAGAAAGAUUAAAAUUAGCAAUCAAGUAUAAGCAAAAAAAUUUCGUUGCUCAUCCAAAUGUUCAACAAUUGUUAGCUGCAAUAUGGUAUGAUGGUUUACCAGGAUUUCGUAGAAAGAAAACAUUACAACAAAUAACACAAGUAAUGCAACUGGGAUGUAGUUUUCCAAUUUACAGUUUAACGUAUUUGAUAGCACCAGGUUCAGAAAAAGGUCUUCUCAUGAGGAAGCCUUUUGUAAAAUUUAUAAUGCACUCUACAAGUUACAUGUUCUUUUUAGCAUUACUUGGAGCAUCAUCGCUACGAAUGAUACCAAUAAUGUUUGAAUUAAUGGGAUUUCCAUGGAUGCUGAGUAUCCUUGAAGAUUGGAAAAAACAUGAACGCGGAUCAUUACCUGGUCCAAUCGAAUUAGCAAUUAUUAUGUAUAUCACGAGUUUAAUAUUUGGGGAACUAAAAACACUUUAUAAUGAAGGAUUACUUGAAUAUAUCUGUGACUUAUGGAAUAUUGUCGAUUUUAUAUCAAAUACAUUUUAUGUGACGUGGAUAUUAAUGAGAAUAACUUCAUGGGUUAUUUCUCAUAGAGAUUUAUGGUACCGUAAUAUAAAUCCAUACUUCCCACGUGAACAUUGGCAUCCAUUCGACCCAAUGCUAAUAGCUGAGGGCGCAUUUGCUGCCGGUAUGAUAUUUUCGUUUCUCAAGUUGGUGCACAUUUUUUCGAUAAAUCCUCAUCUAGGACCACUUCAAGUUUCAUUGGGUCGAAUGAUUAUUGAUAUUAUUAAAUUCUUCUUCAUAUAUACUUUAGUUCUAUUUGCAUUCGGUUGUGGUUUAAAUCAAUUACUAUGGUAUUAUGCUGAUUUAGAGAAACGUAAGUGUUAUCAUUUGCAUCCAGAUGUACCUGAUUUUGAUGAUCAAGAAAAAGCUUGUACUAUAUGGAGAAGAUUUGCAAACCUCUUUGAGACAUCGCAAUCACUCUUUUGGGCAUCAUUUGGCUUAGUAGAUUUAGUAUCAUUCGAUUUAGCUGGUAUUAAAGGUUUUACACGUUUUUGGGCACUUUUACUUUUUGGAUCUUACAGUGUAAUCAAUAUUAUUGUCCUACUAAAUAUGUUGAUUGCUAUGAUGUCAAAUUCAUAUCAAGUAAUUUAUGAAAAAGCUGAUGUCGAAUGGAAAUUUGCUAGAUCACAAUUAUGGAUGAGUUAUUUCGAAGAUGGAUCUACUUUACCUCCACCAUUUAAUAUGUGUCCAUCUAUGAAACUAAUUCGUAAAACAUUAGGAAAACAAAAGAAAAGAACGAGGAGUGUCUUGAGACGAGCUUUAGAAAGAGCUCAAAGAUUACAUGAAAAAGUAAUGAAGCAUUUAGUUCGCCGAUAUGUAAUUGCAAUGCAGAGAAAACGUGAUGAUUAUGGUAUUACUGAAGAUGAUAUUAUUGAAGUACGAGCUGAUAUAAGUUCAUUUAGAUAUGAAUUAUUAGACAUAUUAGAACAAAAUAGAUUUGAUAUACCAGAUAUCGACAGGAAAAGGGACACUGGUGCCACAAAUAAAAAGGGUCGUGUGUUAGAACGUCGAAUUAAAAAAGACUUUCAAAUUGGUAUCGUUGAAACAAUUGCCACUCAAAUGGAAAAAGAUAAUUCGAAGGAUAUCUUUAGUACAAUUGCAAAAGUUGUCGGAAGAAACAAAAAUGAAAAAGCUUCUAAAGAUUGGAAUGCUAUCGUACGCCAAAAUACUAUUUCAAGUAACCCUAUUGGUUCAACAAAAUCCUCUAUGAUAAGAAGAAGUCAACGCAGUUUACGAAGAAAGAUUUUGACAGAAGCCAAUGCUGGACUGGCAAUGGAUACAGAUACAUUAGUUGAAUUUAAUCCACGACUAAGUCAAGUUACACCAACCACCAGGGUUGCAUAUGUUAAAUUUAUGAAGAAAACUUUGACUAAACGUGAGGAGCUAGAGGACAUAAAAGACGAAGGUGAUGAAAAUAAUGCUGGAGUGUCAUCAGAUCCAAAGCCUCCAGCUCCAAAGCCGGAAUUAUCCAAAGCAUUAUCAAUGUCAUCUGUUAAGAAGGAAUUAAUUAAACAAAAUACAUUGAAAAGUCAAAAAUCUGCAGAAAAAUCUACAGAUGUACUCAAAAAUGCACCAGAGGCGCCAAAAACAUCAGAACCAACCGAAAAAGGAAAAGCUCCAAGUCCACCCAACCGUAAAAAAGGAGAUGCACCCAACGCACCACAAAAACCUUCCUCUCAAAACAAACCUGAUGAAAAAUCAGCCUCCAAUCCUGGAGGAAAUCAAAAAUCCGAACCCCCUAAGAACAGCGAUAAACCAUCUGAAAAUACUGCUAAGAAGACAACAGAAGUAGGAAGUAGUAAAUCAGAAAAUAAACCAUUACAAAAACAAACAGAAAAGGGUGGAGAAAACUCAAAAGGUGACAAACAAGAAGGAGCAGAUAAAAAAGGUGAUACAAAAUUAGAUGAUAAAAUAACAAAAGCAAAUGACCAACCAAAAUCAGGAACCGAAUCUGCAAAAACGUCUUCAGAUAAACAAAGUGAACAAAAGAGUUCUAAAUCUGAAAGUGCUCAGGGAGGCUCAACCACGACAAGUACGACAAGUAGUUCCAAACCACCAGCUCCAAGUGCAUCAACUAAACCAGUAACUAAAAUAAAUAUAGGAGAGAGUACAGCUGGAGCUGGAGCAUCUGGAGAUCGAGGAAAGUCUACAGUAACCGGAAAAAUGAUUUCUGGAUGGCUUUAGGUGUCAAAAUUUUGGUAACAGUAAUAUAAAAGUUAGUGAUUUUUUUGUUUUGUGUUAUUUAUUUGAUGUAAAACCUUCAAUAAGAAGACAGACUUUUUUUAGCAAUACUUUAAUACUUAAGUACCAAUUAUUUAGCUUGUUAAAUCAUAUUUAAUAUUUCAUCUUAAUAUUCUUCAUUUGAAUAUAGUGACAAUUGUGAAUAAUAAUUAUAAUAUUAUAAGUUACAAUAGCAAUGUUAAUAAAAGUAUUAAUAAAAUCUUAAAUAUUU